AUGAGCCCUGAAAUCGGUAAAGUGGAGGUGAGGAAGGCCGCCAGCAAGGCCCCCAUCCGUGCCACCGCUGGGCCCUCCUCCUCCUCAGGCCCCCCCAAGUUCAAGCAGAGGAACACACGCCAGUUCAAGAGCAAGCCCCCGAAGAGAGGAAUCAUUGGGUUUGGUGAGGACAUUCCUGGAAUGGAGGCCUUGGGAAUAGACUUCAAUACCAUCUGCCCAUGGGAGGCUUACAGCCAUCUGGAGCUACAUGAGCUUGCGCAGUACGGGAUCAUCUGA